AUGGCGACUGCUGUGAACUCCAUUAAGCUGCUUGCCGGUAACUCUCAUCCCGAGCUUGCAGAGAAGAUCUCGCAGAGGUUGGGUAUCAAGUUGAGUAAGAUUGGUGUGUAUCAAUAUUCGAACCAGGAGACAUCAGUCACGAUUGCAGAGUCGGUCAGAGAUGAGGAUGUGUACAUUAUCCAAACAGGAUGUGGUGAGAACGAGAUUAACGAUUUCCUAAUGGAGUUGCUGAUUAUGAUUCAUGCCUGUAAGACGGCAUCUGCUCGUCGUAUCACUGCCGUGAUACCAAACUUCCCAUACGCUAGACAAGACAAGAAGGACAAAUCCCGUGCUCCGAUCACUGCUAAGCUGAUUGCAAACUUGUUACAGACAGCUGGUUGCCAUCAUGUCAUCACGAUGGAUUUACACGCUUCUCAGAUCCAGGGUUUCUUCAGAAUUCCAGUGGAUAACUUGUACGCUGAACCUUCAGUUUUGAGAUACAUAAAGGAGAACAUCGGCACGGAGAACGCUAUCUUGGUUUCCCCAGAUGCAGGUGGUGCCAAACGUGUUGCGUCCAUCGCUGAUAAACUCGACUUGAACUUUGCUCUUAUACACAAGGAGAGACAAAAGGCUAACGAGGUUUCGAAGAUGGUGCUUGUUGGUGAUGUACAAGAUAAGACUUGUAUUUUGAUCGACGAUAUGGCUGAUACUUGUGGUACCCUUGUUAAGGCUGCUGAUACGUUGUUGGACAAUGGUGCUAAAGAGGUUAUAUCCAUAGUUACUCAUGGUAUCUUUAGUGGAGCUGCGCCUGAAAGGUUGGCUAAUUCAAGAUUGAGCAAGAUUGUAUGCUCCAACACUGUGCCCGUCACCAUUGAGAAUGACAGACUGGAUCAAAUUGACGUUAGUCCAACUUUAGCAGAGGCCAUUCGUCGUUUGCAUAACGGUGAGAGUAUUUCAUAUCUGUUCACCAAUGCUCCAGCUUAG